GCUAUUUAUACUCAUGGUGCUCGGAACUUGGUUUUCAAAGAGACCGAGCGAGCGAGAGCGAGAGAGAGAGAGAGAGAGAUGGGCAAGGGGAUAGAAGGAAUCCUUCACAUGGUCGGAGGAGCUGGGGAUACCAGCUACGCCUCCAAUUCUAAGCUUCAGGAGAAGGUACUUCACAUGGCGAAGCCAAUACUGGAGGAGGGAAUAAGAGGGGUUUACAUGUCGCUGCUCCCCGAGAGGAUGGCGGUGGUCGACUUAGGUUGUUCCUCGGGCCCUAACACUUUGGAGGUGGUCUCCGAGGUGCUCGACGUGAUUGGCAAGCUACGGCGGAGCCUGGGACGUCAGGAGAUGCAGGAGAUCCUGUUCUUCUUGAAUGACCUCCCGGGGAAUGACUUCAAUCACGUCUUCCGGUCUCUGGGAGAUUACAAGAGGAAGGUCGAGGAGGAGAAGGGGAAGCUGCUGGUGCCAUACUACGUCGUGGGAGUUCCAGGCUCCUUCUACGGCAGGCUUUUCCCUUGUCGAAGUGUCCACUUCUUCAACGCUUCCUGUUGUCUCAACUGGCUCUCUCAGGUUCCUGAAGGUGAACAGGGAGUUCCACUCAACAAUAAGAACAUCUAUGUUUCAGAGACAAGCCCACUGGAAGUUGUUAAAGCAUAUCAAGACCAACACCAAAGAGACUUGUCAGGGUUCCUUAGGUGCCGUCAUGCAGAACUAAGCUACGGAGCAAGAAUGGUAUUGUCAUUUCUAGGAAGGAAAGGGAGUUAUCCACCCUCGGGAGAUGUGGGAUACUUUUACGGCCUGUUAGCCGAAGCCCUGAGUGCUUUGGUGUCACAGGGAAUCAUAGAGGAGGACAAACUGGUGACCUUCAAUUUGCCGUAUUAUGCACCUUCCAUGGAAGAAGUAAAGGCAGUGAUCCAUAGGGAAGACCUGUUUGAUUUAGAACAAGCACGGAUCUUUGAGGCUAAUUGGGACCCGUUUGAUGACUCGGAUGAUGAUUCCGCUGCAUUCGACAGUAUAGCAAGCGGAAAGAACGUCGCAGGAUAUGUGAGAGCAGCGUUUCAACCCUUGAUUGAAGAGCAUUUCGGGGAUGCCAUACUGGAUGAGUUAUUCUCUAUAUAUGCAGCCAAUGUCUCCAGGCAUCUCCUUCAACAGAAAAGUAAGCACUACCUAUUUGUCAUUUCCUUGAAGAAGAAGAAGAAGGAGGAGGAGGAGGCUGACGGCGAUGGUGCUGCGGCUUGGUGAACCUGCAAUGCCAUGGGAGCAAUAUUUGUCAUUUAAUUACUCUUUAUCAGCAUGUGUUCAACUCUUUCCAAUAGACGUUAUAAUUGAGCUCAUGUAAAUCCAUAAUAUUCUUCGUGAGAUAGACUGCAUUAUUAUUAUCUGAAAAUAAAAUAAAAUCGUGUGACUAUCUUUAACAGUUCA